UAAUUAAUUUUUGUUUCUGUAGCGGUUCGGACGGACGCUUCGCGACGUUCGCUUGGCCCGCCGCUCGGUUUCGCUGUUCCGCCAUUUGCCGUUUGCCGUUUGCCGUUUCGCCUACCAUCGCCGUUUCUUAUUUAUUAUUAUUUUUUAUUUUCACCCGUAUUCGUGUGUUUUUUCUGCCCGUGUACGUGUACGUGUGAGCGAUUGUGUCCAAGUGCGAGUGCGAGCGGUUUCCUUCUCUCGGCGUUUGCCUUUUUUCGCUGCUAAAAUGCAAAGAACACGCUCGAGAAACGUAAAUGGCGCCGCGCUAACGAAUGGAAUUGGAAUAUCAAACAGUGCCCCCCAAAGCCCCAUAUAAAACACAAAAAAAAAAUAUAUAGAAAAAAAAAUACAUAAAACAAUAACAUCGUGAAGAAGAAAUACUACAAGGCAACAAACAAACUUCGCUUUGCCCCUGCGCUCUUUUUUUUCGGGUGUGUGUUUGGUGCCAGUGCUUGUGCUUUUGUGUAAAAAAGUUUGAAACAACAAACUAAAAAAAACACCGUCGAGAAGAAUUAUUAUAAGAGAAGCAACAACAAACGAACACUUGCUGGAAGAUGAAUGGCAAAGCAACAACACACAUUAAAGCUUCAACAAGAAAGUGAAACAAAACAACAAAAUACCUCCAGCUGUACAAAUAUUGAUUGAUAUUGAACAACUUAAAAAGAGAAAUAAAUACACAAUAAUCAAAAUAAUUCGAAAGUUAAAACAAAGAGCAAAAGAAAAAUAAGAACUAGAUAAAAUGAAAAUUAUGCUCAUUUCCCCAAAAACCCGUCCAAUUGAAAACAAUAUCAAAAGUGUUUUUGAAAAAUGUUUGAACAAAUACUAAAGGAAAUACCGCUCAAAUGCAAGAGUGAAACUAUGAAAAUACCAUAAAAAAUACCAAGUGAACUGAAUCAAACGCAAAACAAAUACUGUAAUUUGAUAUAUGUACUGUUAUUAUUUUUUUUUCGUUUUUUUCUCCUCUUGCAAAGUAAAGUACAAAGAAUCACAAAGAAAAAAAAACAAAUAACGGCAUAGAUAACAAAGCAAAUUGCAACUGCAGGACAGCAACAACAAAGUAACACAAAAUAAAUAAUUCGCCAAUACCAACGGACAGCAGAAAGAGAGAGAGAGAGAGCGAGACGGAUAAAUAAACAAGCCGCACCGACGAGUGCGAGAGAGGGAGCGAGCGAAAAGCUUCAUGCAGAAAAACAAGAAACAGCGCAAAACAUCUGGAGAACAUGGAGGGCGCCAGUCGCAGCAGGAACUCCUCCGCGGGUCAGAGUCAAGGUCGCGGCCAGGACAUUGAGGAUCUCAAGCAAGACAUUCCCUUCUUCGACGAACCGGCGGCCCUCGAUGCCGAUCUCCUUGUUCUGGGCAAAAGCGAGUGCCAACUGGACGAGCUGGCCUGGGAUCCCGAUGCGGAUGUGGAUGCGGAUGCUCCGCUAGAGGCAGCCCAGCCCGUCGAUCUCGAGGAGGACAACUAUCCGGAUGAGAACGAGAGCUCGGUGCUGGGCAGCGAUUAUGCGCCCAGUGGGAGUGGCAGCGGUGCGAAUAGCUUCUACCAAUCGCCCACUCCCUCCACCGCCGGCUCUGGAUGCGAUCUGAUGCUCCGUCCGCCCUCCAGUUCCAUGUACCACUUCAACUACCGAUCGCCGGGCAGUCCACUGCCCGUGGCGAUUCCGGGCGGAGGAGGAUCCAAUUCGCGUGGUCUGCAUCCGUAUGCACAUUCCCCGGCUCAUGGCGCAGCGCCGGGCUUCUAUCCCAAUAUGUGGUAUCCGAAUGCACCCUACGGAUCGGGAGGAUCCGGCGGAGGUGGAGCCGGAGGAGCAGGAGGAGGAGGAGCUGUGGCCAGUGGCAGGUACAUGGGCUACGGAGCCGGCGGCGGUGUACCCAGUUCGGGAACAGGACCGGGGUCCAUGCAGGGAGCAUAUCCUGGGCAUUCGGCCCACCUGCAUGCGAUGCACCACCCAUAUCCGCAGCCACAUCCGCACGCCCACCACCCGCAGCAUUCGCAUCAUCUGGCACAUCCGCACCACCAGCAUCCGAACGAGACCAUGAUGGAGAUGUUCCAGCUCUCGAAUAGUGGUCGGGAGGCGCGAAAUCGAGCGGAAAAGAAUCGUCGGGAUAAACUAAACGGAUCCAUCCAGGAACUAUCCACAAUGGUGCCCCAUGUGGCGGAGUCCCCUCGUCGAGUGGACAAAACAGCCGUGUUGCGUUUCGCCGCCCAUGCCCUGCGAUUGAAGCAUGCCUUUGGCAACAGUCUGAUGCAGCAGCGACCGCAGAUCACGGACACCCUGAUGGACAUGCUGGACAGCUUCUUCCUCACCCUCACCUGCCACGGCCACAUCCUGCUGAUCUCGUCCAGCAUCGAGCAACACCUGGGCCACUGUCAGUCGGACCUGUACGGCCAGAGCAUUAUGCAGAUCACCCAUCCGGAGGACCAGAACAUGCUCAAGCAGCAGCUGAUCCCCACCGAGCUGGAGAACCUCUUCGACGCCCAUGGCGAUGCGGAUGCAGAGGGUGAGCCCCGCCAGCGGAGCAAGUCCGAGGAGGACGCCAUCGAUCGCAAGUUGCGUGAGGAUAGACGAAGCUUUCGAGUGAGGUUGGCUCGUGCGGGUCCCAGAUCGGAACCCACCGCCUACGAAGUGGUCAAAAUCGAUGGCUGCUUUCGACGCAGCGAUGAAGCUCCUCGGGGCGUACGAUCCAAUCAUUUCAGCUCCAACCUGCAGUUAAUCAGGAGGACUCGCGGUCGUGAUGAUGUCAUUCCCCUGCAUACCAUCAGCGGUAACGAUAUCAUUCUAACAGCCUGUGCCCGAAUUAUCCGUCCGCCAAAGAUCGCCAGUCGCCUGAUUGAUGCCAACACGCUGGAGUACAGGACCCGCCAUCUGAUCGACGGUAGGAUCAUCGACUGCGACCAAAGGAUAGGAAUCGUGGCCGGCUACAUGACGGAGGAGGUGCGCAAUCUCAGUCCGUUCACCUUCAUGCACAACGACGAUGUGCGCUGGGUGAUCGUGGCCCUGAGGCAGAUGUACGACUGCAAUAGUUCGUAUGGCGAGUCCACCUACCGACUAUUCACCCGGAACGGCAACAUCAUCUACCUGCAAUCAAAGGGCUACUUGGAGAUCGACAAGGAGACGAACAAGGUGCACUCCUUUGUCUGCGUGAACACGCUGCUGGGCGAGGAGGAGGGCAAGCGGCGGGUGCAGGAGAUGAAGAAGAAGUUCUCGGUGAUCAUCAACACCCAGAUACCGCAGUCGACCGUCGAUGUGCCGGCCUCUGAACAUCCAGCCUUGCUGGAGAAGGCCGUGCUGCGACUCAUCCAGAAUCUGCAAAAGUCCGGGGAGGAUGCGGGCCAUGAUGAGGACGAUGAGGAUGAGGAGGCGGAGGAUGAGGACGACGACGAGGACGACGAUGAGGAUCAUGAUGAUGGGGCACGCAGCAAGUCCGAGGUCGGCGAUUCCUAUGGCAGCCAUCAUGGUCGGUCGCAUCAUGGUUCCUCGGCACUAUCCUCCCACGGGCAAGGUAGCUCCAAGACCCCGCCCCUGGCUCUAGUUCCACCCGAAACCUCCUCCGUAAAGUCCUCGAUUUCGAAGAGCAUCAGUGUAGUCAAUGUGACGGCGGCUAAACAUUUGCGCGGUAUCCAUUCAUCGGCGGCCAAGUCGCCCAGCUCCUUGGGCAGUUGCACCUGCAGCGAAUCCCAUGCCCCCUGCGACUUCUGUCAAGGUCCACCCACUCCCGAUUCCCAGGCCGUUGGGUCCACCCUGAAGAGGAGCAGCACUGCGCUGGCGGAAACCGAUGAAAAGCUCGCCAAGCGACGCUAUAUACCCAGCACUGAAAUCGAGCACGUGCUACACACAUCUCUGGACCAAAUCGGUCGAAAUCUGACCCAACAACUCAACCAGGCCAGGAACUUGCGAGAACAGAGCCAGCGAUACGAGUUGCCCCAUGCCGAACAGCGAUUCGAUGAGAUCAUGCAAGAGCACCAGAAACAAAGCGAGCUGUAUGUGAACAUCAAGAGCGAGUACGAAGUGCAGAUGCAGAACAAGUCCGGCAACCGGAAGUCGUCGGAGUCGGAUCGAAACCAGGCGGAGGACCAGGACUAGAGAGGAAGAGAAAGAGAGCUAGAUCGGCUCUCGACUGAAGGGUUUCAUCGAUGUGAUAACUACUGUCCUGGCAGCCAGCUCAAGUCCCAAAAAGCGUAGUGUCCCAAAAAGAAAACAAAUUAAUUGAAGAGAAUUGGUCAACUAAUGGUUAAUGAUUAACCAUGGGUUAAUGGGUAACUGCUGCGGAACAGAUACAGAUACGGAUAGAUAACCUUUAACCCCAACCUAUGAGUGAGCCUGACAAACACACGCACACACACACACACCCACACACACUCUGUAUAUUCAGUUUGUUGUUUUUAACUUCAUGUACCACGUAGAGAGGACUUUUUACCUGCAUGUAGAGCUAGUUACCAGUGUAAAGUGUAGCUGUUUCCGUUUCCGGUUUGUUUUCGAAUGCUUCAAAGAAUUUUAUUUAUUAUGUUUUUUAAAAUUGGGCAACCCAUUUAACAUUAUUAUCACAGUUUUUGUUUAAAACAAAUUUUAAAAUCAUUAAUUCUAGAACAAAAAUUAUUAGAAAAUUCAAAAUAACUCCGAUAUUGAAGACGGAAACGGAAACAAACUCUGACAAAAGAUAAUGACUAGCGUAAAUGGGAGGAUCUAAACAAUUAUUAGGCUAAAUCGUAAUAUACAUUAAAUAUACUAUAUAUACCUAUGUACCAUACGUUGUGCGUAACGCGCAUAGCCCAAAACUAAACGUGAUAAAAGACUGUUACCAACUACAUACACACACAUACUACACACACAUGGAAACACCCGUAAAUCUAAAACUAAAGCGUAAACUUAAUUCGGUAUAGUUUCGUAUAUAUAUAAAUUGAAAUAUUCACACGCCCACGCAAAGGGGCGUGGCAUAGUUAAAUUAAAUUUACUGUACGAACACUUUUUAUAGAUGUUUAAUGUUGUUAUGCUAUAAGAUAAAUCCGGAUGAUUUGCUGGAUUUUGGCCAAGCACGGUGCACUAACAAUUGCAAGUGAGCCAAGUACAAUUUACACAGAUAUAUACAUACUUAGAUGCAUAUAUGGUUCGAUGUAAAAACCAAGAAAUGAAAAUUUAAAGGAAACCCACACACAAAAACCAGAAAAAGCCUAGGCGAAAAAUAUGAGAACUCUGUUAAAUGUUUGUUAUGCAUUUGUUUUUUUUUUUAUCUAAAUUAAUAUUAAACUAAUGUAUUAGUGAAUAAACUUGUGUACCUACAUACAAAACAAUGAUAAAACCUU